AUGUCCCACGACGCGCUCUCCGCCGAGCACAGAAAGAUGGUCUCUGCCCAUCUCACAGAGACCGACCCCGAGGUCGAGUCCAUCAUCAAGGAUGAGAUUGACAGACAGAGACACUCGAUUGUUCUGAUUGCUUCUGAAAAUUUCACCUCAACCUCCGUGUUUGACGCUUUGGGAACCCCCAUGUGUAACAAGUACUCGGAGGGUUACCCUGGCGCGCGUUACUACGGUGGUAAUGAGCACAUUGACCGCAUGGAACUUCUUUGCCAGGCCCGUGCUUUGACCGCGUUCAACGUGGAGGCCGACAAAUGGGGAGUCAAUGUCCAGACUCUUUCGGGAUCACCAGCUAACUUGCAAGUUUACCAGGCUAUUAUGAAGCCACACGACAGAUUGAUGGGACUGGAUCUUCCCCAUGGAGGUCAUCUGUCGCACGGUUACCAGACUGACACAAGAAAAAUUUCUGCAGUUUCCACAUAUUUCGAGACCAUGCCUUACAGGGUUGACCUCGAGACUGGAAUUAUCGACUACGAUAUGCUUGAGAAGACUGCCAUUCUCUACAGACCCAAGGUGCUCGUUGCUGGUACCUCUGCCUACUGCCGUCUCAUCGACUACAAGAGAAUGCGCGAGAUUGCCGAUAAGGUGGGAGCCUACCUCGUCGUGGACAUGGCCCACAUUUCUGGUCUGAUUGCCGCUGGCGUUAUUCCUUCUCCAUUCGAGUAUGCCGACAUCGUCACCACCACUACCCACAAGUCUCUUCGUGGUCCAAGAGGUGCAAUGAUCUUUUUCCGCAAGGGUGUUCGUUCAGUGAACCCAAAGACCGGUAAGGAAGUGUACUACGAUCUCGAGAACCCUAUCAACUUCUCGGUUUUCCCAGGACACCAAGGUGGUCCUCACAACCACACCAUUGCUGCUCUGGCCACUGCCUUGAAGCAGGCCCACACUCCAGAGUUCAAGGAGUACCAGGAGCAGGUUUUGAAGAACGCAAAGACUCUUGAAGCUGAGUUCAAGACUCGUGGCUACAAGCUCGUGAGUGACGGUACCGACUCCCACAUGGUUUUGGUAUCUCUGCGUGACAAGGGAAUCGACGGUGCUCGUAUUGAGACCGUCUGCGAGAACAUUAACAUUGCGCUCAACAAGAACUCUAUUCCAGGUGACAAGUCUGCUCUUGUUCCCGGUGGAGUGCGUAUUGGGGCUCCAGCCAUGACUACUCGUGGUGCCUCGCAAGAGGACUUUGUCAAGAUUGUGGACUACAUCGACCAGGCUGUCAAGAUCGCCAAGCGUGUUCAGUCCGAGCUUCCAACCGAGGCCAACAAGCUCAAGGACUUUAAGAAGAAGAUUGUUGAAGGUUCUGAGGAGUUGACCCAACUCAAGUCGGAGAUUUCCGAGUGGGCUGGCCAGUUUCCUCUUUCUGUUUAG